GGGACCCGCAGGCCGCGGCGCUGGUGUGGGAGCGGGCCUGGUCGCUGGAGGAGGCCCGCGCCGAGAGCCAGGCCUGGUCCUUGGCCGCCGACGCCGGGCUUCUGCGUUUCCUACAAGAGUUCUCACAGCAGACGAUCUCCAGGACUCAUGAAAUCAAGAAGCAGAUGGACGGGCUGGUCCAAGAGACCAAAAACACCGAUUGCCGCCUGCACAAUGUCUUUAAUGGGUUCCUCAUGCUGUCGAACACACAGUUUAUUGAAAAUAGAGUAUAUGAUGAAGAAGUGGAAGAAUCCGCAUCCAGAACAGAAGUGGGAGACAAACCAGAGCAGGAAAAAACGCGUGAACAGAAAGAAGCGGAUUUGAUCCCCAAAAUCCAAGAGGCUGUGAAUUACGGGCUGCAGGUGCUGGACAGUGCCUUCGAGCAGCUGGACAUCAAAGCUGGGAACUCAGACUCCGAAGAAGAAACCAACGAGAAGGUGGAAUUGAUACUGGAGCCAAAGGAUCUCUACGUCGAUCGGCCUCUGCCAUAUUUGAUCGGCUCCCAGCUCUUCAUGGAACAAGAUGAUGUCGGCCUUGGUGACCUGUCCAGUGAAGGUUCAGUAGACAGCGAUCGUGGGAGCAUGGUGGACAGCGAAGGGAAAGAUGAGGAGGAAUUGGAAGAAGAAUUUGGGAAUGGAAGUGAGGAUGAGCAGAAACCGAGGACGGCGUUGAUGAGCGACGAAGAUGACGAUGACCUCUUUGGCGGGGACUCUGAAAAAGGGGAAGAGGACGAAGAGGACGCGGAGGAAAAUUCGAGGCUGAAAAAAAAAAGGCCCACGUCCUUCACUGACCAGCUGGCCGCUCGUAUCAAGGGAGAUUCGCUGUAUAAGAGAAACGAGGAGCAAUUGUCAUCUACAGAUGUAAAAGAGAAGAAGAUUGAGAAAGAGAAGGAAGGCGGUGGUCCAUCGGACGACGAUGACGACAAUCUCUUCCGGCCUCCCAAGCUGACUGACGAAGACUUCUCGCCGUUCGCCUCUGCGGGAGGCCUCUUCAGUGGCGGGAUGGGACUCUUUGAGGAGGAGGAGAGUGAUCUCUUUGCCGAACUGCCAAAAGGGGAAGACAUAGUCGAGAAAGAUGAACGGGUCCCAAUAAAUGACGAACCAUCAUCAAAAGCUGUAAGGAAGGUUCCUGCUGGUGCGGUCUAUCUUUUUCCAGGUGGGAACAAUGUCUUCAGCCCUUCCCCGCUUCUCACGGAGAACGAAGAUAAGAAGGCAGCCGAACCGGUCGCAGAGAGAACCCCCAAACAACACACGGGGGCCAGCCUGUUUGACAGCGACGACUUCCACGUUGGAAGGAGUGACCCCGUUUCAAAGUCCACCAAAUCCUCCGCCCAUCUGUUUGGCGACGUCGAAGAGGACCUGUUCAAGGAAAAGCUGGACAGUGCCAGGGAGGCAAAGGACACCCCUAAAGAAGCGGAAGGAAGUAAAGGGCCGACAGUGAGAGACAAGAGUCAGCCACCUUCUACGCAAAGCUUCAAGCCGUCGACUCCAACUGUUCCCAAAGACCACAAAAGCCUCUUCUCUGACGAGGAAGAUUGUGAAGAUUUGUUUUCUUCCAGCCAGUCUUCUAAGAGCUCGGCUUUACCCAGCAAAGGCACAGCGAAAGCCCCGCUCUCUCUCUUUGAGGAUGAGGACGAAGAGGAACUCUUUGGGUUUUUGCCUGUGAAGGAACCAGUGUCCAAACCACCCCCGGAGAAACCGUCCCGCCUGCUCUUCAGCAGUGACGAAGAGGACCACUGGAAUCCUGGGGCAUCCAUCAAGCCUGCUUCUGAAAGCAGCCAAAAAAAGGAAGCUAUGAAGGCUGCGGUGACCGAACCCAAGAAGAGUCUCUUUGAGGAGGAAGAGGAGGAUUUGUUUGCUCUCACUAAAGACAGUCAAAGAAAAACGCAAAAAGCUGCUCUCCUCUUUGAAGAAGAUGCUGUAAAUGGGGACUCUCUCUUUGACAUUCAACCAUCCCUGCCACGAUCCAGCAUUCAAACAGUAACGGGAAAGGGGCAAACUCCGGACUCUUUGCCUUCUGGCGAGCAAGCGGAUUUGCUGGAAACAUCUCAGAAAAAAUUGGUGACGGAGAAGGCGACGCCUUGGGAUGAAUCUGGCACAGCCCCUGGUCCUGGUCCUGGAGAAGAUCUAGUGCAGCAGCAGAAGGCGGAGAAGUCCCCCUUGGAGAAAGAUGCCAGGAGAAAGACGAAAAGCGUGUUCAGUUUGUUUGAGGACGAAGAGAAAACCGGAGAGGCAGAUGCUGGGAAAAGCACCCAGAAGGACAUUGAGAAGCCCCCAGAGAAGAGCGCUCGUCCCAAAAGCACAGGGGUCUUCCAGGACGAAGAGCUUCUGUUCAGCCAUAAAAUGCAGAAAGACAAUGAUCCGGACGUGGACCUUUUUGCAAGCAACAGGAAAGGGAUCCCAAAGCCCCGGGGGAAGCUUCCGUCUGGAGGAGGUUUGUUCGGAGAGGACGACAGCGAGGAUGGUCUUUUCAGCUCUGCUAAUUCAAAGCCGCUGGAACCCACCCGCCCUGCCUCAAGUAAACCUCAAGAGCCUGCGUCUCGGAUUGGAAAAUUACAAGCCAGCUUGGAUAUUAACCCGGCAGCUUUGCUGCCCGGUAGGGCUCAGAAGCCUCCCCCGCCGCAUCCAGAGCCCUGCGGGGUGCAGCGCCCCCAAACCAUCCGUGCCUUGGGGCACAGUGAGGAGACGGGCAUCAGCUUUGAUUCUCCCGUGCAAGCGGACACUUUACAUCAUGCCAACAAGAGCCGAAUCAAAAUGACGAAGAAGCGUCGACCGCCCACCCAAACCGCCAGGCGCUUAGCCGCUCAGAAGUCCAGUGAGAAGGAAGGGAGUGACGCUGAGGACCCACCUCCGUGCCUCUUGGUGGAAAGCUCCGUGCUGCCGGUGCCUCUGGGUACCAAGGGAGCCAGCGAGAAGGCUAAGUUGCUUCAGUCGACCAGCAGCAGCAACCAGCUGCACAAGACAGAUGACCGCCCUGAGUCGACAGCCACGCCUGGUCCAGACGAUCUCUUUGAAUCCAGCGACCUCUUUGAUGACGGCAGAGAAUCCAAAGCACCCUCGAAACCCAAGGCCAAGUCGAAAAUGGAGAAUCCAUCUGGCCGAGCCCCUAAAGGCAGGGAGGGGCAGCCCGUUUUGUUGCUGCCUGGCGAUUCAAGCGAAGACCUCUUCAAGCCUGCGAAACCAUCGAAGAAACCCAGCCCCAUUUCUUUCCCAGACAACCAAGAGGAUCUUUUCGGAGGUAACAAACCUCUGAAAAGAAAAGCUUCCAAGCCCACUCCUCCAUCGGAGGUGGCUCCUGCAAUCAAAGAUAUUUUUGAGGAUGAUAUCUUUUCCUCAGAAGCUGUCAAGCUCCCGCCUGUCAAAGCCAAAGAGUUGGAAGCCAACCUGUUUGAUGACGACAUCGACAUUUUUGCCGAUCUUGCCGUAAAGCCGAAAGAGAAGAGCACCAAGAAGAAAGUGGAAGCAAAAUCCAUAUUUGAUGAGGACACGGAUGAUAUCUUCAUGCCUAAUAGCCAGUCCAAGUCACGGACCAAAAAGACCCAACCUGUUCAGAUGCCGUCAGGAGCGAAACCUGAACCCAGAGUACCAAGUACUUUUGAAGACCCGCUGAACGCUUUCGAAGGCAAAUGAAGAUGUGGUUAAUGUCUCCUCUGUGAU